AUGGCAACGGAGGAGCCUUGUGACCAAGUACAUGCGAAUGAAUGUGAGCACGAGGAAAACAAUCAGAAGAAUGUUCUUGGUCUAACAAAGAAACAACGAAAGCGGGAGCUGAAGUCCAUAGGAUAUGAAUUGCGUGAUGUUCCCGAAGGCGCGACCGAUGAGGAUAAACUUAUCGCUUUGCAUAGAAAAUUUCAGCUCCUAACUGCCGAAAACAGUGAUAUUACCUCCAAACUUAAGCAGGCGGACAAACGCAUAAUGUUGGUUUCAGCUGAACGCGAUCAAUUUCAUGACAGUUACAACCGCGUUGCAGUUCAAAAAGAGAAGUUAGAAGCGCUGUGCAGGGAACUUCAAAAGCAAAAUCACCAGAUUCGGGACCAAAGUAUGGCCAUGGCUCAAUCCGAAGACGAGAAGCGAAAAGAGGUGGCAGACCGUUUCCAAAGUGGAAUUCAGGAGAUUCAAACUCAGUUAAAUGAUUAUCUACAAAAGAACAACAAACUCCGAGAGGAAAAUCAGAUGUUGGCUGAGAAACUUCAAAAAUUCAUCGCCGAUCAUGAAAAACGGGAGGAGUAUACACAAAAGGUUAUGAAAACGCGUGAGUUGGAAGCUAAGCUUGCGGAGGCGAAGUUAACUCAGGCCAAAGUGCACCACGAGCAGGAGCUGAUGAAGGAGAAGCGCGCGACUGCCCAGGCCCUCGAGGAAUGCGAAUUAAUGAAGCAACGCUUCGAUGCGCACAAGAUGAUCGAAUUCUACAAGGCUAAGUACCAAUCGUUCAACAAAUCUAUGGCGAAAAGCAACGACCUCAUUGAAAAUGCGAAAAAGGAGAUGGAGAAGAUGGCAAAGCAUGUUCGGUCGGCUGAGUCAGCAGCACUUGAUUGGCGCAGCAAGUGGGAACUUAGCCAGAAGGCUCUGUUGGAGAUGAUCGAUGAGUGUCGGAAGGAGAAGGAAAAGUCCCAGGCACUGCAAAAGCAAGUUGACAAACUUUCCAACCUCUGUCGCGCACUUCGAGCUGCCAAGGAUUCCUCCACAGCCCCUCGUAAAGAGGAUGAAAAUAACAGUGAUGCGGUUACGGAAGCUAAGGCGGAAGCAGAGAACCAGAAAGAGAACGGCGGUUCCUAG